AAUACGAAAGAAGAACGAGUUGAAAAUGUGUUGAUUUGGUGACGGUUGGUGGUUAUUAGAGUUUCCCGCGAGAUACAUUUAAUGAUAUUUCCAAAACAAAAUAAUUAAAAAUCUGUGCCAAAUUUGCGGUCAGCAAAGAGUACACCUAUGGAAGUCUCAACAAAUGAAGAUUUGUGGACACCAUUCAAAGAACUACAGAGUCUAGUCGAGAGGGCAGUAAGCAGUGAAGAUGACUCAAUUUUGGAUCCACUUCAGAAAGCUUUACAAAAGCAUAAACAGAAUUUUUUAACCCUUCUAAAAAACCCUCCCAAGAAUGGCAAGGCAAGAGAAGAGCUGGAAAAGGCUACAACAGAGGGUAUCCGCCUGGGUGGAUUGGCACAUCAAGUGCUACCGCAGGAGCUGGUGGAUGAAAUCAUCAUCAUCUCAGACAUGUAUGAUCUCAAUGAGUACAUGGUCUUGGAUCUGCUCACUACAGCCCAACAACAGAUGCCCUAUCACCCCGGUCUGACUCGUGGCCUGGUAGCUGUGCUACUAUACUACGAUGGACGCAAAGCACUGGUCACUGCGCUGAGGAUCUUACUACAGGCCAGGCACGGACUACUGUGGACAGUAGAAGCUGCUCCGGAGAUAACCCAUUAUGUCACUACUUACACCAAAGAUUUACUUGACAACGAUCUCAUUGUGAAAGUGCUUGGAGUGUUGGCAUCACUGGAUCUGGCCAAAGAAGUGGAGUUACUGCAGAAUAAUAGAGCAUUGGGAGGCCCCAGACACCAUCAGCAGGUGGUGCAACUGUAUCAGGACAUCAGACAGCAGUUGGCAGACGUUGUUUACCUGACAGCUGCUCAGAAUGGACUGGCCAAGGAGCCCACAGAUUGCCUCAUAGAGCAACUGCGGGUGACCAAACUGCAGGCUGACUCCAGUGGAGGAAUUGAUGGUGUUACACUUGCCCUACAGAUGGCACUGCUCUAUGUGUUAGAUGUGGGUAUCUUGCAGCGCCGUGAAGACGGAGAAGAACUGCUAGAGAAGAUGCCUCUGAUAAGUGACCCCAGAUUCAUGCCUGGCCUGCUGAAAGAGUUCUCCCCUCGUUUAACAGACAAAGUUUGGCAGUGUGAGGGUCUCAAGGCUCUUACUCAGCUGACCUUAGCAGUGACACUCACCUCGUUACGAGUGGCCCCUCCCAAUAUCCAGCCUCAAGGUGUGUAUGAAGAAGAUGAAAUAUUAAUAGACAGUGCGAUUAACCUGAAAGUGUUUCAGUUUUUGAAUAACACUUUUCUGCUGAACGAAACAAUCCAUAAAGAGGAGUUUUAUUUACGGAGACUGCACAACCUCCUGACUGACUUCAUCAUUCAAAUGCCAUUGAAAUUGAAAGAGCUCCGUAACAAAGCUGAAGAUGCUGCCAAGACUUACAACGCUUACAUGCAGGAAGGGCUGGAUCCCCCCAGUAACCUGUCACGGAGCCUGGAGCAGCUAUGGCUAUCACUGUCUCGGUUGUAUGGCAGUGACCCAUUGUGCCUAGAACUCGAGCUGGACUAUUGGCCGGGUGAGGGUGUGGCUCAGACCUAUGCCUACCGCACGCCCCCGCGCCAAGUAUCACUGUACAAGUUUGUCCGCCAAAGUUCCGAGGGACUGCCACCCACGCUGUUUGUUCCUUACAUGAAGAUGCUGGCAUCCUUGGUGUCCUGUCAAUCAGCGGCCCGCCAGGCCUUCAAUCUCCUCAAGGUCAACAAUAAACAGUCCACGAUCACCUGGGACCACUUCUUCAACUCUCUUAACAAGUACUAUACCAGUUUGAGGCAGGAGUUGCCCCCCAUGACUGACACAGUGUACCGACAUCGCAGCUACCCGAAGGGCAUCACUCCACUGGAGAUUCAAGGGCUACAAUCUGUCCUUGCCCUUGUCCGCACAGUAGCAGAACACGAUCAGAUGUCUCGUCUGGCUCUCUGUGAAAACGCUGCCUGGGCUCCUCUCUCUCUGCUCCUGGGUCUGGUCACCUGCUCCAUCCAGAUCAACCUGAAGGCUGAAAUGCUUCUGACUCUAGCUGCCCUCGCCAAGUCUCCGGCCACAGCCGCCACACUCUGGCAUAACCUAGAGGCCUCCCAGAUAUUGGCCACUGUACCCAGCACUAGCAGCUACCAGCCCAGAGGCAUACAGACAGAGCUAGAGGAAGUAGAGUGCCGCAAUGAGGAGUUUCCUUUGACGCGAGCCAUGCUGAAGCUGCUGGACGUGCUGACUGAUGUGCCAGUACCAAAACUGUUGGGCGUUGGUACACGUACUCCUGGCUUUGACCCCUACUUGACCUUUGUGUUGCACAAUGUGUUUCUGCGCUUUAACAAUCGAUCCUAUAAGAGUAUCCAGGAGAAGUGGGAGGUAUGUAGCAGCUGUCUCCACCUGCUGGUUAAGUUCCUGACGCAGUAUGAGCCCAAGGUCGAGGACUUUGUCACCACUAAGGUUCAGCUGCAGGGGGGAGGUUCCACAUCCAUCAACCCUCCCCCAGGGUAUCAUCUGAUGGCCCAACUGUGCUCCAAGUCUGAACUGUUCAGGCUGAUAAUGAUGCUGAUCGACGAAGGUUGCCACAUGCUGGACAGUCACACCGUGUUCGCUGGUAAGGCUUCCAUGGAAGCUGCGACACUAUUGUGUCUGCGUGCACUGGACACAGCCUUGCGUCUGCAGCAGCGAUACCUGGUUGCUCUCAGCGCUGCGGCUAGCUCCCUACUGCUGACAGGACUUAAUAAACUACUGCUCGGCAUCAACUCCCGCACUGGCAAGCCUGACCAUCUCUUAAACAUUGCCAAAUACGUCACAUACAACAGCUGGUUGCCUUCUCAUUCCCUGUAUGCUGUUCGGAUCUUCCUGGCCGUCACCAUGUAUCCUGUACAGCAAUCACACAUUGUAUCUGUGCUGACUGCCACACACCAGCUGUCUAUACACAUCCGCCAUGGGUUUGUUGAAUGUCUGGAAUCUGAUGACGAGCUGCCAUCGGAAGAUGACGAAGAGAUGAGUGAGGUGGGUAAGACGAAGGAAGCCAUCCUCAAGUUACUGUUGCAGUGCCUGGGCCACACUCCCCCCAACCUAGCACAUUACCUCCUGGGCUUUGAGUUAGAGAAGGAUGUUAGUCUCACCAACUUCCAACAACCAGGUGUCUUGGGAUUCCCACUGACAUGUCUUCACUCUGUAAUGUCUUUAUUGAGUGCUUCCCUUCGCUCACACUCAGACGUCACCUCACCCUCCAUCAACCCCCGGCUCACCGAACUGUGCUAUCGACUCAUCUACUCUUUAGCAGCCAAUGUCCGCACAUCAGAGCCCACUCUUCGCUUCCUACGCUCCUCGGGAGACUUUGUCCAGAGACACCUUGCUGCUCUGCCUUUCAACACAUCCAACAGAGGAUGUGAUCUGACCCAGUCAGCAUGGUUGAUGAAGACAGUGGCGAUCGAGCUGAAGGUGACAGCUGCCCACCAGCAGAUGUCACAACUGAGCUCUCUCAUCAACGUCCUGGUGGUGGACAAGGACACGCUCAGAGCUGAGAGACAUCUAGGUCCUGGUACCACUGGGGCGCAGCUCACACACUCAUUUAAGAGUGAUCUGGUGGAUCUGUCUGCUCCGUACAAACGCCUAAUCUUGCAGCUUCUGGGCGUAUUGUCUUUCAACAUAGAGCCGGUGGUAGCACCUACCUGGGAGUUCUUUGAGCACAAUCAGAUGGAAAAUCUGCUGGCCCAGUGUGAGGUCGGCAGCAGUGGAGGUCUGAAGGUUAUCGAUGUUAAGCGGCUACAUCGGCUACUGAUGGACGAGUUGGGAGUGGUGCAAGGCAGCUCCACGGUGGCUCAGAGACAGCUUAUAUUACGGGAGAUACAGAGUGUGCUGGCACACGCAGUGAAGCGAAACAGACAGCGACACCUAGCCUCUGCGACAGUGCAAUACCUGGAUGCCUGGCGACAAGUGACGGAGGUGUUGUUCUCCGUGGCCCCCACAGAUUCUCUGCCCUUCCCAUUGCGCUUCAGUCUGCUGCUUCAGAUCAUCUUCGAACUUCUCACUAAGGUGUUAAACUCGACGGUGAUGGCAGAGUUGGCGAUCCUGUCAUCGGGUGCAGUGCUGCUGUUGUUUGUCAGCGUCCGCAACUGUUUCACUACUGAGUUGAACAAACUGAGCCUUCAGACCUCAGGACGCAGUGAGGGUGUCGCUGAGGCUGGGGCCAAACUAGCAGCCUUCCUGCAGGCCAAGGAGAACAUCCUUAAGGACAUCAUGUCUUGCAUGCUCAAAUGGAUUCUCAGCUCAGUAUCAUCACAGAAGCUGAGAGCAAACUUGUACGCGGCAUUGUUGAGCUUCCUGCAGCUUAGCCGCCAGCAGUGUGAACCGCUGCCAGCUCUGCCCACAACCAUGGAGUCAUCUGGUAGUUACGUCAGUCUGCUAGACGAGCCGCGAUCUGUGCUCCAGCCCGUGUGGGUCAGCCAACACGCCAGCCUCCAGGUGCUGUUGGGCUUUGGUGAGAGGCUACUAGUUACCCUGUGUCAGGACUUUUCUGGAGGCCAUGAUAUCUGCAAGAUGCUGGCACUAUCCUGCUUGGACCUGAUGGUGGAGCUGGAUCCUCAUGGGCACUGGAUCUCUUUCCUCUCAGCCCGGGGCUACCUCAAAUUCCUAAUUGACAGCUUGUUGGCAGCGGACUCGGACCUCGGAGAUCUUUUGUCAUCCUCGGCUAUCGCCCUGCGCCCUCUCUAUGUGUAUGAGUCCAAGAUGGCACUGUUGUGUAGAGUGGCUUCUACUCCCAGUGGGGCAGAGUUAGUGUUGGAGCAGAACUGUCUGGCCUGUCUAUCAUCCAUGCAGGUGUUUGACAGUCAUCCUGAUAUUGCUCCAAGAUAUCCACAGUCCCGAGUGAACAGCAUGGAGUUGGACUUCGUGCCCUCAGUAAGCAGCCGAUAUCUCCAGUUGCUGUCUCCAGCCUUGGCUCUGUGCCAGACGAUCCUAUCAUCGCUGGGUGUGGAGAACCAGUCGGCUGUGUCACAGGUGUUGCAUUUCAUUUUGAGCCAUGGAGACAUGGUGACUCAGGUAUUGCGAUGUGGGAACCCCUUCAUGCAGCUCAACUAUCUGAAGGAGCUCCAGCAGUUGACUGCCAUCAUCGCCAGGUCAACCAACCAAGAGGUGGCGCGCGUCAUUAGAGAGGGCUGUGGAGACAGGACCAUCAAACUGGAGAGCACGUCUCACUUCCACAAGAUAAAGAACCUCAUGUUGGCACUGCUCAGUAGAUUUGUUUUGUCCGAGUCCGUUCUUAAGGAUCUUGCCAGUUCUGCUGAUCCCGAUAGGAACAACCGAGAACGGAGGGCUGACGUCAUACUGACAUUUAUGCAGAUCUCAGGUAACCUGGUGAUGUAUGCACGGAACCUGAUUGCCAGCUGUGGAUUAGACAAGCCUGCCACAUCUGUCAUUCUGCAACCUUACCUAAUUGAGUCUAACGUUCUCAAUAAUAAAGAGACUUCACUGAGCAAAGAGAUAAGCUUGGGAGUGGUGGUUCAACAGAUGGUGCAGUGCGUCAGUCAUUUCCAUAGAGAGAAAGUUACCCUAGACCUUCUGCUUAGAAAAGUCACAUCUAUUCCCGAUCUCAACUCCACUACUAUCAGAGAGUUCCUGCCAGAAGGUUUCAACCGUUUCAGUUCUCUGGAUGAGUGCAAACAACAAGUAAACCAAGCAAUGCAUAAGGAAGUCCAAGACAAGCGACAGGAGUUGGAGUCCUGUGAGUUUGUCAUAGAGAACUGCCUAUACUUGGUGUGGGCCCACCUAGACUUCUACAUGUUGCAGGCUAUUCCUAACAAAACCUUGGGAAUAGAAAAUGUCAGAGCCCGUCCCCAGCAGUUGGGAGAGGAGAACUGGAAUUUUACAGUGGAACAAAUCAACAAACUGAAGCAAGGUCUGAUCUCGGUUUUCAACGACACUUUCUGUAAAAACCUCAUAGCUGUAACUCAGGACAUGAGUACCAAUGAUCGAGGUUUCGUUGAAGCCCUCAUCAGGAGGAUAAAGAAGUUGAUUCAAUUUGUGCCCAAUAAGUGAAGUUCUUACUCGCCUUGUGUUUUUUACUAUUGUUAAUUUUUAUACUAAGUAUUACAUGAGUAUUUUGUUAAAA